CGGUAGUAACGAUGUUGCAGUGUUAUGAGACUGAAACCUGAGUCUGUAAUAAGUUCACAUACAAACAAAAUUCCAGACAUCAAAUACAAGGAAAACAGUAAUAAGAAGAAAUCUCCUAAAAAAACUUCCAUUGUAGACCCAUCAUGGGAGUAUGUGGAUCCAACACCAGAUAUACAUGCUCUGUUUACGCAGUUUGAUAACCGAUUCUUCUGGGGAAAGUUGAGGACAGUGGAAGUGAGGUGGAGCCCAAGAAUGACUUCAUGUGCAGGGUUAUGUCACUAUGAGGGACGGGGUGGUCUUUGCUCGGUUCGACUCAGCAUUCCUCUACUGAAGCUGCGUCCCAGGAAAGACCUGGUCCAAACGUUGCUCCAUGAGAUGAUACAUGCAUACCUGUUCGUGACUCACAAUAAUCGUGACCGUGAAGGCCAUGGACCAGAAUUUUCUAAGCACAUGCAUAGAAUCAACAAGGAGGCAGGUACCAAUAUAACUAUUUUCCACAGCUUUCAUGAUGAAGUAAAACUUUACCAGCAGCACUGGUGGCGUUGUGAUGGGCCAUGCCAAAGGAGACCGCCUUACUUUGGCAUGGUGAAACGUGCCAUGAACCGUGCACCGGGCCCCAAUGAUUUCUGGUGGGAGGAGCAUCAAGCAACAUGCGGGGGGCGUUAUGUCAAGGUUCACGAGCCUCCAGGUUUUUCUGAGAAGAAAGCAAAGCAAAUCAGCAAGAAAAGUGUUUCAGCAUCAUCUGGAGGCAAAAGUGACAUUCGCAACUUCUUUCCAUUCCAUGGAAAAGGAAAUAUGCUUGGAAAUAGCAGUACAGAUGGUGUAGGUGGAACAGAGAAAACAUUUUCUAAGUUAUCAGAUAAAUCUCAGGCUUCAGUAUGCAGAAGUAUCACAGAUAAUGUUACAGGCUUCAGAAAUUUGUUCAAUAAAAAUGUAAAUGCUGCUGGAUCUCAUGACAGACAGAAAAUGAAUGACUCUAGCAAUGGCGGCGUCUCGUCUGGAAGCAUCCAUAAGAAGUCAGGCAUUGGUGAUAAAGCCCGUACCCUAUCUCAUGAAAAUAAAGACAUUGCAAGACCUGGCAGAUUUGUUGGAACGUUGGCCAAUAGGGGUGGAGGUACAUUGAUUGUUACUGCUAAAGGACGCAAUAAAGGAGCUUCAAAUGUAAAGACAGUUAAUGGAAAUUUAUAUGAUGGAAAUAAGUUGAUAAGUAAUUUUGUACCUUUCUCUGGAAAGGGGCAUACAUUAGGUGCGGGAAGUGAGAUCAGACGAGUGUCACACAGUAGAGAGUUUGAAACAAUCGCAUCAAAUUCAAUGAAGAACCAUGUCAUAUCAGAAGAUUCUGUUCAGUCUUCGAGUAAUAGGGCAUCACCUAACGAAGUUACAUCCAGCAAACGAUAUGGUUCUGCCAUUCAGUAUGAUGUAAAAAAGAGAAUGAAAAAUCAGUCAGUUUCAGACUUCUCUGUAGAUCCUGGGAAGCAUUCAGCUUCAAACGAUAGCAACGUAAAAUGCCCAGUAUGCAAUUCGGACAUUAGAGAACUUGAUAUAAAUACUCAUUUAGACUCUUGUCUCGGAACUUGUUGCGAUGAUGAUGAGCCCAUGGUAAUUGAUAACUGUUCAGUGAAGUUGGAAACAGAUUCCGAAAUGAUUAAAUGUCCAGCAUGCAAUUCUGAGAUGCUGAAAUGUGACCUCAAUAUUCAUCUUGAUAUGUGUCUGGGAAGUGUCUUUGGAAGUGCGUCUGUGGAUGAUGAUGACGAUGAUGAUUACUGGGGACACAAGAGGUCUGUCAGUGUGAAACCUGGAUGCAAUGCAUAUCCGUGCCCAUGCUGUGCCAUGUUAGUUAAAGACACUGAAAUGAAUAUGCAUCUUGAGCAUUGUCUCACUGAGACAUAGGAGUAAUAAGUACUGUGUGAUGUGAUGACCAGUUAGAACAGACUUGAGUUUCAAAGUCAGUAAAGUUUUUACAGGAAUUUAUUGUGGCAUAUAGUCACUAAAUAUGCUUAGAAUGUGAUUUUUAUAAUUCAUUCCAAAACUCUGAAUCCUGAAUGUAAAAUUCCAGAGCUCUGUGAACCUUCCUAACAGAUAAUUUGUAAGAAUGACAAUUUAUUUUGUCCUUUUUAUUGUGGACUCGUAACAAAAAGGGACAGAAGUUGUGUUGGUGGUUUUUAUAAGAUUUGUU